GGGAGAAGCCCCCGGGGUAACUGACUAUCUCCUUUUUUCCCGGCCUUCGGGGUCUAGUGGUGGGGCCAUCGUCCGGGCCCAGUUCCCUGGUCCUCUGCGGCGCGCCUGGCUGGCGGGAAGCCCAGGGAGUGGGGUGGGCACAGGCGCGGGCCGGAGGCUAGCCGGGCCUCUCAGGGUGGAGAGCUUAGAAGGACACGGCUGGAGGCGGCCGCGCCCAGGGAGAGGCCCACCCUUUCGGGCUGCGAGUAUGCAGGCCAGCGGGCCCUGGAGAGAAGCCGGCACCCGAGCGGGGCCUUGGGCAUAUCAUCCCCCGCCCCCUCUCCGGGCCUCAGUGUCCUCCUUUGUAAAAUGAAGGGGUUGGACUCCUGACCUCCAAGGCCUCUUGCAGCGCUUAAAAUCCUAGGAUGGGCUACUAAAUGCCAAAUGAUGGAAGAACGCUCCAACCUGAUGAAUAUGAUGAAGCUGAGUAUUAAAGUCUUGAUCCAGUCAGCCCUGAGCCUAGGUAGAAGCUUGGAUGCCGACUACGCCCCUUUACAGCAGUUCUUUGUGGUGAUGGAGCACUGUCUCAAACAUGGCCUGAAAGUUAAGAAGAGUUUUAUUGGCCAAAAUAAGUCUUUCUUUGGUCCCCUGGAGCUGGUGGAGAAGCUUUGUCCGGAAGCAUCAGAUAUAGCUACUAGUGUUAAAAAUCUGCCAGAGUUAAAGACAGCAGUAGGAAGAGGAAGGGCUUGGCUUUACCUUGCACUCAUGCAAAAGAAGUUGGCAGAUUAUCUGAAAGUGCUUAUAGAUAAUAAGCAUCUCUUAAGUGAAUUCUAUGAACCUGAGGCAUUGAUGAUGGAAGAAGAAGGAACAGUAAUUGUAGGUCUGCUGGUGGGACUCAAUGUUCUUGAUGCUAACCUCUGCUUAAAAGGAGAAGAUUUGGACUCUCAGGUCGGAGUGAUCGAUUUUUCCUUAUAUCUUAAGGAUGUUCAGGAUAUUGAUGGUGACAGAGAACAUGAAAGAAUUACUGAUGUCCUUGAUCAGAAGAAUUAUGUGGAAGAACUUAACAGACACUUAAGCUGCACUGUCGGGGAUCUCCAGGCCAAGAUAGAUUUUCUAGAAAAGACCAAUUCAAAACUUCAAGAAGAGCUUUCAGCAGCUACAGAUCGGAUCGAUUCACUUCAAGAAGAACAGCGACAGUUAAAAGAACAAAAUGAAUUAAUCCGGGAAAGAAGUGAAAAGAGUGUAGAGGUAACAAAACAGGAUACAAAGGUAGAGCUUGAGACUUACAAACAAACCCGACAAGGCCUGGAUGAAAUGUAUAGUGAUGUAUGGAAACAGCUGAAAGAGGAAAAGAGAGUCCGAAUGGAACUAGAGAAAGAACUGGAGCUGCAAAUUGGAAUGAAAACAGAAAUGGAGAUUGCAAUGAAACUGCUAGAAAAGGAUACACAUGAAAAACAAGACACACUGGUUGCUCUUCGCCAACAGCUGGAAGAAGUCAAAGCAAUUAACUUGCAGAUGUUUCAUAAAGCUCAGAAUGCAGAGAGCUGCUUACAACAGAAGAAUGAAGCAAUCAUAUCUUAUGAAGGAAAAACCAAUCAAGCAAUGUCUGCCAUGAAAGAAAUGGAAGAGAGAUUACAACACUCUGAAAAGGCCAGGCAGAGUGCUGAAGAGAGAAACAACAAACUGAAGCAAGAAUUUGGUGGCAAAGUUGAAACCCUACAACAGCAACUCUCCCAACUGGACAAACAAUGCUCCAGUCUCGAGAAAGAGCUGAAGUCAGAAAAAGAGCAAAGACAAGCUCUUCAGAAAGAGUUGCAACAAGAGAAAGAUACCGCCUCUCUGCUCAAAACUGAGUUGCACCAGGUGGAAGGGUUGAAAAAGGAACUUCAAAAAUUGUAUGAGAAGAAAGAAGAAUUACAAAAGAUUUGUGAAGAACAGGAACAAGCACUACAGGAAAUGGGAUUACACCUUAGCCAAUCAAAGCUGAAGAUGGAAGACAUAAAAGAGGUCAAUAAGGCACUAAAGGGUCACACCUGGCUAAAAGAUGACGAAGCAACAUACUGCAAACAGUGUGAGAAAGAGUUCUCCAUUUCCCGGAGGAAGCAUCACUGUCGGAACUGUGGACACAUCUUUUGUAACACAUGUUCAAGCAAUGAACUGGCACUGCCAUCCUACCCAAGGCCUGUACGUGUGUGUGAUGCCUGCCACACCCUCCUCCUUCAGAGAUAUUCAUCCAGUUCUUCGUAGGGGUCAUGAAUGCUGAAAAAGCUGUUACCUGCAUAACAAAUGAGUUCCUGCCUCCCAGCAAGCUUGGGAAUGUGAAUUUUGCAGUAUUUCUGAUCAUUAUAAAGUUCGUGGCAGUUUAACCAGGAAAAGGGCAAAGGAAGGCUUUAGAACAGUAACCAGAUACUCUGUGCUUACUGUUAAUGCAGUCUAUAUGUUACUAAUUUACAGGGUUUUUUUGUGAGAUCAGAAAGAAAAAAGGUUCAUAAACAAUACUUCGUAUAAUACUUCAUGUAAUUUAAUUGUUCUUUAAUGUGCUGAAAUAUUGAGGUGUGCUUUUUUAUGAUCUACGGUUAUUUUCUCUGUGUUUAAAAUUUUCCUAUUUCUUCUUUGCUCAAUGGACUUUGGUCCUCUUCAGAAUGAUUGUUUUUCUGCACAAUGAAUCUCAAGAUUUUGCUACUGUAAUUUUUCACUUGUAAAAUAAUCAACAUUAUUUGGGACUGUGAGUGUGUACAGUUACAGAUUUUUUCAUCUUUGAAAGCUUUUCUGAUUCAUGUGUCUCCAGGAAAAUGGAUUUCUCUUGAGUUAAAAUAAACAUCAAGGUUUGCUUCUC